AGGGAGGUUGGGAAAGGGGCGGUCCGGAGAUUUUGAGGGCGUUUGUCUUCCUCGUGACAGGAGGCGGGGCCUGGCCUGGAGUUGACUGGACUCAUGUUGGGCCGGAGCAGCGGGGCCCGUGGGAUGGAGGAGAGAGAGGGACCCCGGGACAUCCGGGUUGUGGGCUCCGAACUGGUGGAAACCUACACGGUUUAUAUCAUUGAGGUUUAUGUCGGCAGUUUCCAGUGGAAAGUGAAACAUCGUUACAGCGAUUUCUUUGAUCUUCAUGAGAAGUUGACGUUGGAGAAUAAAGUCGAUAAGAAUCUCUUGCCACCAAAGAAGAUGAUUGGGAAGAAUUCUAAGAGUUUGGUGGAGAAGCGGCAAAAGGAGCUGGAGAUGUAUCUGCAGACUCUACUGGGCCUUUUCCCACUCGCUGUUCCCCGAGCAAUGUCCUCCUUCCUACACUUCCACCUCUAUGAAAUUCAUGGAAUUGCCGCAGUCCUGGCCGAGGAGCUUUUCCAUAAAGGAGAACAAUUACUGUUGGCCGGAGAAGUAUUUAACAUGAACCCUCUACAGCUUUAUGCCGUCACACAGUUACUCCGACAUGCCAAGCCCACUUGUAUUACCGGCGAUGCCAGGAACGAUUUGGGCCACAUCAUGGAUUUUGCCUGUAGACUCAAAUAUCUCAAGAUCAGUGGUACAAACGGCCCCAUUGGGACAAGUAAUAUCCAUGAACAAUCCCUUCCGUGUGACCUGUCCAUCUUUAAAUCUCUCCGGCAGAUUGAGAUCAGCCAUUGCAACGCCAAACUCUUCAGCGGUCUGACCUGCUGCAAAAACACGUUGGCGACUAUGAGCAUCAAGUUUUCUGCACCCACAAUGCAGGAUAUUCUGGUGCCUGAGGCCUAUGAGUUUGAGCAGUGGGAGCCCGAGGGAGGAGCCUCUGAGAGCCCAAUUACUGCUGUUGUCCCCAAGUGGAGAAAACUCACAACACUCGACCUGAGCCACAAUCAUAUCUCCAGUAUUGAUGAUUCUGUUAAACUAAUUCCUGAGAUUGAAUACUUGGACUUUAGCCACAAUGACAUCUCUGCAAUAGACAAUUUGCAGCACUUGUACAACUUAAUUCACUUGGAUCUGUCCUACAACAAACUGGCGGACCUCAAUGGCAUCCACACAAAAGUUGGGAAUAUCAAGACUCUCAGUCUGGCUGGGAAUGUUCUGGAAAGUCUCUGCGGUCUCAAUAAAUUGUAUUCACUUGUUAACCUGGAUCUAAGUCAUAACAGAAUUGAGCAGCUGGAAGAAAUAAAAAAUAUUGGAAGUCUCCCGUGUUUGGAAAAUGUUCUCCUUGCUGGGAAUCCAUUGACCAUCAUUCCAGAUUUUCGGACCAAAGUUCUUGCGCUGUUUGGAGACAGAGCGUCUGAGGUUUGUUUGGACAGUACCACUACCACAGAAAAAGAGCUGGACACAGUCGAGGUGCUAAAAGCAAUUCAGAAAUCAAAGGAUGCAAGGAAUAAGCUGGCGACUGGGGAUAAGAAGAUCAAUGAGGAAUUCCGACCCUCUGCUGCUGGCUCUUCCUCUCCCGCCCAUGCUUCCUCUUCCUCUCUGUCUCGGCCUAUAAGCUGCAGCCAAGUUUCCCUAGACCUUUCAUUAGCUAAAAGCUUAUCCCCUUGUGGAGGCCAAACCAGCUGCUGUGCUGAGCCGCCAGUGCAAGAGACUCCGAGAGGAAAGCAAAGUCCGUGUGAGGGGGGAUUACAGAGGGACAAGCAGAAUCCAAUGGCAGACAGUGGGACCACUGAUGAACGGGAAGACUCCAUUGCGUUGGCUGAGAGUGAGACCUGUCCCUGUUUGUCUCUAUAUGAUCUAGACAAGGAUUUAAUUCCACAUCUCUCGGUGCUGAUCCAACAGGCAGUGAAUCAGCCCAAAGGUCUUGUUGGGGAGGCCAAGAACAAGUGGGAACCCCGACAUUCACAAUUGUGUAGCACAGAAGACGGUUAUUUUGAAAUGGGAGCGGAUACAGAAAAUGAAACCUCCGAUGGAAAUUGUGUGGAUUCAGCAAGUUGCCGCAUCAUUGAGGUUGUGUGGGGCGUCUGCUUUCACAGUCGGGGUGCAGUUCUACUGCGACAUUUUGCUUCUUGCCUUGUGCUCACAGACACCUCCAUGGCCUGCUUUGAAAUUGCUCAUAACACCAUGACCCCCAUUCCCCCCGCACACAAUUUAUUGAAGUUGCUUCUAUAUUUUUCUUACAGUGACAUUACACAAUUUCAUUUCCCACUUCCAGACAUUUGUUUAAAUCUGACUUUGGGAGACGGGGAAGACCGUGUUCUGGUUCUGUCGGACUUGCAGAACUUACAGCAGCUCCACGCUUGUCUGAGAGCCCAGUGCCCCCCAAUGGAAACCUCUCCCAAGCUCAUUCUCCAUUCUGAGCACAAGAGCUUGCAGGAUUUCCUUCUCUCUCAUUCCCACGUUCAGCAAAGUCUAUUGAAAGACAGUGAAGUGAGGGGAUGUUUCCCAGCGUUUAUGUUUCACAGCGAGGAGCAACCUGCCAAUGAAUUCACCCAACUAGAGCUACCGCUUGUCUCGUGGCCUCCAGCCUCCUCAUGUUCUGCUCUUCUCUCCUCCUCCGUAUCUACAGCAGGAGGGCUAGAGAUGCUUCCCAGUUGGCUACUCCUUACUGACCAAUGCUUGAUCCUCAUUACAACUGACAUUGGUGGAAUAACAGGUCAACAACUGGAAGAAUCCACAAGGAACGCUGUGAGGAUGGAGGCCAUUCCUCUGGCUUCUGUUGUUCUAGAGUUGGACACUUGCCCUGCUGAGAAGAAACCAUCACUGCCUGAUGGGCACACCGUCCCUUUAAUAGUGGGCUACAGGGCAGUCCAAGCUUUUUUUGUUUUACCUCAAAAUAAAUUCCAGUUCUUAAUGUUGUUCAACCAGUUGAGAAAAUCACUGCAGGAUGGAAAGAACUUGGUUUUGUGCAAAUCCUUAAAAAGUCUGGACAAUCCAGAGAGCUCCCUGCUUGGUGCCAGCACAAUGCCAAAGCACACACUAAGCCCCGUCAGACCUCACAGGGCGGCGCCAUCUUUGUACCCGUCGGAAAGUCUCAUUCACAGUUUAUCUGAGGAAAACCACAUUCCCUUCUACCUGCCGGCAUUGGACUCGCUGCACUUCAUUGCUGAACUGAAGGGAGCGGCGCUGGUGGAACUGUUCCGCAGCUCUAUUGCCCAGGCUGAGGGGGAGGAGCUGAGACAUCUCUCGUGGGCCUCGCUACUCUUCUAUGGAAGCCCAGAUGUAGAGUUGACGUCCUGCAUUUUCCUUUCUACACAAGCUGUUUACUUUCUCUUGGAUGAUUCCCAGAAGCCCAGGAAAGAAGAUUUUUGGAGCAAAAGGCCUGAGUGCGGCUCAUUUCUUAUUUCCUUCUGUUUGGCCAUUCCACUCAGCCACUUCCACUCUGUCAAUAUUGGACUGUUUGAUCAGUAUUUCAGGAUCACAGGUUCUUGUCCCAGCCAAGUUGUGACGUGUCUCACUAGAGACAGUUAUUGUACCCACUCGUUCAUCCAGCAGCUCAUGUCUGUCCUCUCCCAACUCACUCGCACUCCCUCCCCCGAACCAACGGAGAAGGAUUUCUAUUCAGAGUUUGGCAAAAAGAACACAGGGAAGAUGGAAAACUAUGAAUUGGUUCAUUCCAGCAGAGUAAAGUUUGUUUACCCAAAUGAUGAAGAAAUUGGAGACCUGACUUUCAUUGUCUCGGAAAAAAUGGAUCCUUCAAGCUCAAUUCAGUCUCUAAACAUUUUAUUGUAUGUAUUGGGCUUUCAAGUCUCGUCUGUGGCUGAGAACAGCCGGGCGCCUUCACUGCAGCCAAAGAGCCUGAUUCUUACAAGCUCAGACUUGUUUUUGUUCAAUGAAGAUUAUAUCAGUUACCCGCUGCCAGAUUUUGCCAAAGAACCCCCCAAACAGGACAAAUACCAGUUAGUUGAUGGGAGGAGAAUAAGAGAUCUGGACCGGGUGUUGCUAGGAUACCAGACUUACCCUCAGAACCUCACCUUUGUGUUUGAUGAUGUCAAGAACCAAGAUUUCAUGCACAGCGUCUCUCUGGAUCACUUUGGGGAAACGCUCCAACGGCAGAAUUCUCCAACGUCCAGUGGAGCAACUCAAGAGAUUCAGUGGAAUAUUUUUAUUCCAAGUGCUGACUCCAGGGAGAAGUUGAUCUCUCUGCUUGCGCGCCAAUGGGAGAUCUUGUGCGGCCGAGAACUUCCCAUCGAACUUACCGGCUGAUGUCAAAACCUAUGAGAUAUAAUGCAGCCUGGGACCUCAACAGAACCUCCUCUCACAGACCACAGAACUGACGCUCAGCAGCAAAUAUAGUGUCCCAGUUGUGUAACGUGUGGCCUCCUGGAAUCUUCUUCUACAAUUUGCACACAGGUUGCACGAGCGGCACAAACUGCUUGAGACCGGAGAAUACAAUGUGUAUAGUAGCGCACAUGCCUGGCCACACGAUCAUUUUACUUGAGACCGGAGAAUACAAUGUGUAUAGUAGCGCACAUGCCCGGGCACACAACCAUUUUACUUGAGACCGGAGAAUACAAUGUGUAUAGUAGCGCCCACGCCCUGGCACCCAACCAUUUUACUUGAGACUGGAGAAUACAAUAAUUUCACCAUCAGCUCAGACUGACAUAGAGAUUUUACUCUUCUUACAAAGUUCUAUUUCUGCAAAAAAUACAAAAUGUAGAGUCUUUUGGGGUGUAAUUUAUUAUUAUGAUAUGAUGCAUUUAUGAGCCAGAAAUAUUUUACUAUUGAGUGCUAUUUGGAUCCAACAGAAAAGUAUUUGCUUCCAAUGAAACCCCAGCGCUUUAUUCCACACAGAGUUGCAAGAUUCUAUUUUAUUACAAGUAUUUUCCUUUGUUGGAUUUCUGCUGUUCAGAUAUUGCCUUGGGCAGGUUUCCCACAAUGCCAUGCUUCGGGCAGUGCUAAAGACACAUCAAUGUUUGGGUUAAUCUUUCCUUUCACUAUGGAGAAUAAACUGUCAUUGCAGAAUCAGUUUUGCACUCGAAAUAACGCCAAUGCCUUGGUGCUGGUUAGAAUAAGAUAAAUAUCAGAAAUCACAGAAAAACCCCACUCACAGGACUUUACUUUCUGAUGACUUCAGUUAGGAGCCGAAAUGUCAAAAUAAACUACACCUUUUUCUA